GGAAUCAACAGUCAGCAAAGCAGAUAAAACCAUCAGGGCUCUGACAGCUGACCUGUGGAUACGCCCCCUCUCCACGAGCCCUGCCCCGCGAUGACGUCACCACAUCAGCAGCUCAGACUGAGGUUUAAACCUGCAGAGAAACUUCACAACCUCACAGAGACAGAAGAAGAAGAAGGAGAAGAAAAUGGCCGACUCAACCAGCAGCCGCUCUGACUCUUCAUCAUCAUCAUCAUCAUCAUUCAACAACUCCUCCUCACUCAGAGACCUCACACACUCAGCCUUAAAACUCGUCCACUGGAAACAACCAAAGAAGUCGGGGGCGGCGUUUGGUCUGUCACUACUGGUUCUCAUCUCCGUGGCAACGCUGUCCAUCAUCAGUGUGGUGUCCUACCUGUUGCUGGCCUUCCUUUGUGUCACCAUCACCUUCAGGGUUUAUAAAUCAGUGAUUCAGGCUGUCCAGAAAUCAGACGAAGGUCAUCCAUUCAGGUCUCUGUUGGAGAGGGACAUCUCGGUGUCCUCAGAGUCAGUCCGACAGCUGGCUGAUCAGUCUCUGAUCCACCUGAACUGGUUCAGCAGUCAGACCAGGAGGCUGCUGCUGGUCGAGGACCUGGUCGACUCUCUGAAGUUGGCCGCUGUAAUGUGGGUAAUGACGUAUGUCGGAGCUUUGUUUAAUGGAGUCACCAUCCUGAUCCUUGCUGACAUCAUUUUCUUCACCACUCCGCUGAUCUACCAGAAGAAAAAGACACAGAUUGAUCAGAGCAUCGACUUGGUUCGGUGCAGAUUGGAAGAGACACUGCAGAAGUGGGUUCACAUCAGGAUCUGCUGCAGCUUCACAACAGAAUUUUAUUUUUUUAACUGAGAACUUGCUCAGAUCUGCUUAUAGAAUGGAGUUAUUACUGAAGUAGGAUAAACAUUAUAAUCCAGUUUAAUAUGUUGAAUUUAACAUAUUUAGAUCAUUUUGUAUCACAGUUAAUUGUGACAUUGGUGAGUAUCUUUGUUGACAUCUUUCAUGUUUGUUUACAUCAUGUUUGUUUAAACCUGUUGUGUCUGUUUACAUCUGUUGUGUUUGUUUACACAGCAGGUAAAAAGAGUUUAUAUUUUCAUCUCUAGGAUUUCU